AAUUACGGCAAUCUGGCGAAGACGGCGAGAUCGACGUUGCGUAGGAUGUUGAACACUUUCAACAAGAAGGGAGCGGUGAAGGAAGCGCCGGAGGCGGUGCAGAAGGAGGUGGUGGAAGGUGGGCUGCUGAGCGACUUCAUCGCAGAAUUUGUAAAUAAAUUUUAUUAUAUCAACGUACAAUUCCGGUGGUUGUGAGCCUUGCGAAGCGAGUAUGAUCUCACUAUGAUGAGCACUAUAGCUGAAUUAAGAUGGAUUGAUAUGCAAUCUUUUCGACGAAAUUUUCUGGUGACUAGAUCUU